AUGCUCAAACACAUGAAUGAGGCCCGAGGUAGAAACCAGUCGGAAGUGACAGAAUUCAUCCUCUUAGGACUCUCUGACAACCCGGACCUUCAAGGCAUCCUCUUUGCACUGUUUCUGUUGAUCUACGUGGUGACCAUGGCUGGGAACCUGGGGAUGAUGGUCCUGAUCAAGCUGGACCCCUGUCUCCACACACCCAUGUACUACUUUCUCAGCAGCCUCUCCUUCAUUGACGCCUCUUAUUCCUCUUCCGUCACUCCAAAGAUGCUGGCGAACCUCGUGGCUGAGAGCAAGACCAUUUCUCGGAGUGGAUGUGCUGCCCAGUUCUACUUCUUUGGCUCCUUCCUGGGCACUGAAUGCUUCCUGCUGGCCAUGAUGGCCUAUGACCGCUAUGCCGCCAUUUGGAACCCUCUGCGGUAUCCCAUUCUCGUGUCUGGGCGAAUUUGUGUCAUGUUAGUAGCUACUUCCUUCCUCGCGGGGUUUGGAAAUGCAGCUGUGCACACAGGGAUGACUUUCAGACUGUCCUUCUGUAGCUCUAACAGGAUCAACCACUUCUACUGUGACACACCACCCCUGCUCAAACUCUCUUGCUCGGACACCCACAUCAAUGGCAUAGUGAUCAUGGCUUUCUCCAGUUUUAAUGUCAUCAGCUGUGUUAUGAUCGUCCUCAUUUCCUAUCUGUGUAUUCUCAUUGCAAUACUGAAAAUGCCUUCAGCAGAGGGGCGGCACAAAGCCUUUUCCACCUGUGCCUCUCACCUCAUGGCUGUCACCAUUUUCUUUGGGACGAUUCUUUUCAUGUACUUGCGACCUACAACUAGCUACUCAAUGGAGCAGGACAAGGUCGUGUCUGUGUUUUACACAGUAGUGAUCCCCAUGCUAAAUCCUCUCAUCUACAGUUUGAAAAAUAGGGAUGUGAAAGAGGCCUUCAAGAAGAUCUUAAAGAAACAUUUAUUCUAA